AUGACUUCUGGUAAUUGGUAUCAGGAAUUUCAACCAAAAGGUGUCGAACAAUUAGCAGUUCAUCCACAAAAAUUUGAUGAUGUUAGAGAUGUUAUUAAGAAUGUUUUUCAAAGAGUUGACCGAAACAAAUAUUUACAAGAGAAAAAAUUGGUCAUUCUUUCUGGUCCACCGGGAAGUGGAAAGUCGGCUACUCUUAAACUCGCUAUUGAUUUUAUCAAUCAAGAGUCUGAACUCCGUAAACAGCGUAAAUUACCCACUUUGCCUCGAAUAUAUACUAAUAAAUUCGAUCCGUAUCCUAUUGGAUAUCAAAGUUUUUAUGAACUGGACAUAACGAGAUUUAAAGAUUGGAUCAACGAUAAUGUUUGGUUUGCAACACGAGAAGCCUUAAAAGGGGGAUAUAAAGCACAAGUCCUUUUAUUGGAGGAAUUGCCAUUUGCGCCCAAUCAUAAGGAACAAAAAGUUAAAUUUAAUCGAGAAAUAUCAAAUUAUCUAAGUAGAGAAGAUGUAAGAAUGCCAAUAAUUUGGAUAGUUACAGAAACGAGCAUGAACAUCGAAGAUUGGGAUCACAAAGAAUUUAAAUCAGUUGACACAGUAUACAAUACUGUGCCGAUUAAUAUUCUUAAUGAUCAAAAAGUAACACUUGUAAAGUUCAAUCCAGUUGCAAAAACCUAUUUAAAAAGGGGAAUCAAAGCACUCUUGGAGGAGAAAUUUCCAAAAGACGAAGCUAUAAAAAGAGAAUGUGUAAUGAAAAUAGCGGACAUAAUUGCAGAAAGUGGCGUAAAAGAUAUUCGUCAAGCACUGAAUUAUAUACAAAGUGCCUAUACGCUUAUGGAAACAACGGAAAAGAUACCUUCAUUCGUUAUAACUCCUUCACCUCAUAGAUAUAACAGGGCUGGAAGGUUACUUAAUGCUCCUCGCAAACCUUAUUAUAGAACUCCAAAGAAACAGCCUAUAAGGCUUUCUAACGAAACGAUGUCUGAAAUAAAUUCCAUAAUAACUGAGAAUGUAAAGUUUGAGAAAAGUGUGGGCCAAUUUGAAUGUCUGGACCUUAUAUUUGGAAUUGAUAAGUCUAAAAUAGAUGACGCAAAUUCAAAGCCGAGGAAGAUAAUUGGCGGUAUGCUUAUCGAUUAUGAGAAAUUUGGGGAACUUGCCUUUUCAAAUUAUCUUUAUCAUUUUUCAAGUAAGACUGAACUCGCACUUGCAUCCGAAGCAUUCAGCAAUUAUGAUAUAUUUCAUGCUAACUACUACAAUAAUAAAAGGAACUCUAGUUUGAUUUUAAUGAAUGGGCUAACAGAUUCACGAAUGCAAAAUCCACCAAAAACAGGAUUUGUCCAACAUAAGGGCAAUGCUUUAUUCGAUUUUAAUCAAAGAAUGCGCAAAAAUAAAGAUUGUCUUUGGUCAAUAAAACGCGGAAAACAGCGGCUUUUCGAAGAAGAUACGGUUGGCACACAAAAUAAAUAUUUUAUUAUGACCAAUCAUAGCAAAGAAGAUCUUGCGAUGUUCGUGUUACCAUAUUUGAGACAAAUGAGCAAAUUUGACACAUCGAAUGUUUUAAAAUUAUCCAGGAGUGGCAAAGCAUGUUUGAAUGAAUUUGGUAAAUUCCAGGUAUAA